AUGGAGGUAGAGUUCGGGGACCACGAAAGCGGGUUCUGCCAUUAUGAAGUGAUCAGGUUUAUCAACAAUGAGAUCCUCAUGAAUGGUGGUGGCCCAGAGUUCUACCUGGACUUCCGCUUGCGGCCCUGGAACGAGGUGGAGGACCAGCUCCGGGCCAUGGUGUUGGACCCACAGGUGCCCCGCCCCAUCAAGAGGGCCUGUGCCUGGAGCGCGCUGGCUCUGAGUGUGCGUGCGGCCGCGAGGCAGCGGGAGCAGCAGGUGCGUCGGGUGCGGUUGCUGCAGGAGCAGGUGGAGGAGCGCGAGGCGGCCAUCUGGGCCCUGGCUUCCGAGCUGCAGCGGCUUCGUGGGGAGCGCGAGGAGGAGGGUUUGCAGCUGCGUUUCACACGCGAGGCCCUGCAACGGGCCCUGAACGAGCGUGACGUGCUGCGCGGGAGGCUGCUCCACAUGGAGACAUGGGCACAAGGUGCCCGGUUGCCCAUGGAAAUAGUGUCUGUCCCACAAGCCCAGCCACACAGGGCUGCAGUGUGGCCCCAGAAUGCACACGAGUAUAGCAAUACGAUGGCCUUGGGGGCACAAGGCAGGCUGUAUGUGGCGGCCCAGAUGAUAUCCCCAGCACCUGUGCUCUACAUGCCAAGACCACUUUAUCUUUGGAACCACGUGUUUCAACACCCUCUGCCAAUGCCAGUGCUGCACUCAUUCCCAUUCCAUCCACCAUUCCCAACGAUCCCAUACUUGCCACCUCUACCACCUGCAGUAGUCAUGGGAACAGCAGCAGCAGCAAUCCCUCUUCAGAUGCCUCCUGGGGUGAUCUACCCUCCUUGCCCGUGGGUUGCAGUGGGCUUCCAGGGGCAGAUGGCCCCCAUGUGGGACCAGAGAUACUAUGGCCGGGAGGAAGGUCUUUUCAUCCCCCAGGGGACUGCACCUCUGGGAAACAGCAGGAGUUACAGCCAGGAGAAAGGUUCCGAGAGGCCCCAGGAGAUCGUCACAUUGGGAGACAACGGGAGCCAUAGCCAGGAGAAAGGUCCAGUGAGGCCCCAGGAGCUGGCCCCGGUGGAAGACAACAAGAACCACAGCCAGGAGGAAGGUCCAGUGAAACCUCCCGGGAUGCCACCCCUGGUGAACAGCAGAAGCCAUAGCCAGGAGGAAGGUCCAGUGAGGCCCCAGGGGAUCUCCCCCCAGGGGGACACCAGAAGCCACAGCCAGGAAGAAGGUCCAGUGAGACCUCCAGGGAUGCCGCCCCUGGGGAACAGUAGAAGCCAUAGCCAGGAGGAAGGUCCAGUGAGGCCCCAGGCGAUAACCCCCCUGGGGGACAGCAGGAGUCAUGGUGUGAGAGAAGGCCCAAAGAAACAGCAGCCUCAGGGGCAAAAGGCCAAGCAACCAAGAGGAAAAAAAGCCUCGGAAUACCAGCACCAGGAGAAGCCUGUCCCCGGAGGCAGUCCCGCGAAUUGGGAUUGCCUGUGGUGCAGAGCGAUGAAUUUUUCAUGGCGCACAGCCUGCUAUAAAUGCAAGAGAGUCUAUAUGCCAGGUGAGAGCGGAGGCCUUGACCCAGGACAAGCUCCUCACUGA